ACUAAUGGCUGUUACAGUGGCUCAAAGCAGCCUGCCUGCCUUUUGACAUUGUCAGCCGAAAUAAAGAGCAACGGUUUCCACACGAUCCCUAACAGCACGCCAGUAGGGGAGACUUUACCCAGCAUUAAAGCAAGGUAGUUUGUGAUCGCUCAUGAUGAGGAUAGCUGUGAUUGGUCAGAGUGUUUUUGGCCUGGAGGUGUACAAGGAGCUGAGGAAGGAGGGCCACACCAUCGUUGGAGUGUUCACUAUACCUAACAAGGAUGGCAAAGCCGACCCUCUAGGCAUGGAGGCUGAGAAGGAUGGCGUGACCGUCUUCAAGUUCCCACGCUGGCGCCUGAAGGGGAAAGGCAUCCCGGAGGUGGUGGAGGCCUACAAGGCCACGGGGGCCGAGCUCAACGUCAUGCCCUUCUGCUCCCAGUUCAUCCCCAUGGAGGUCAUCGACCACCCGGCCCACGGUUCCAUCAUCUACCACCCCUCCCUGCUUCCCCGACACAGGGGGGCCUCCGCCAUCAACUGGACCUUGAUCCACGGGGACAAGAAAGGCGGGUUCACAGUGUUCUGGGCGGAUGACGGACUGGACACUGGACCAAUCCUGCUGCAGAGGGAGUGUGACGUGGAGCCUGAUGACACUGUCAACACCAUCUACAAGAGGUUCCUCUUCCCUGAGGGAGUGAAAGGCACAGUGGAUGCAGUGAGGCUGAUCGCAGCAGGGAACGCCCCAAAGAUUGUCCAGCCAGAGGAGGGAGCCACCUAUGAGGGAAUUCAGAAGAAAGACAAUGCCAAGAUUGACUGGAACCAGUCUGCACAGGCCCUACACAACUGGAUCAGAGGAAAUGACAAAGUGCCUGGUGCCUGGGCGGAGGUUGAUGGACAGAAAGUGACGUUCUACGGCUCCUCUCUGGUAGACAGCGGUGUGACUGCUAUUGGUCAGCCCCUGGAGAUCCCUGGUACCAGUCGACCUGGUCUGGUCACCAAGGCGGGCCUGGUGCUGUUUGGCAACGAUGGCAAAACGUUGCUAGUGAAGAACCUGCAGUUUGAGGAUGGGAAGAUGAUUGCGGCGGCAAGGUACUUCAGCUCGGGGAGCAGCGCUUCUGUGGAGCUCACUGAGGAGGAGAAAGCCUUCGCUGAGCAAAUGAGGGGUGUUUGGAAGAGCAUCCUGACUAACGUGGCUGCCAUCGAGGAAUCCACUGACUUCUUCAAGUCUGGGGCUGGUUCUAUGGACGUGGUCAGGUUGGUGGAGGAGGUGAAGCUGAGGGCCAGUGGGUGUCAGCUGCAGAACGAGGACGUGUACAUGAACACCACCUUCCAGGACUUCAUCCAGAUGUGUGUGAGGAAGCUCCGAGGGGAGGACGGCGAGGAGGAGCUGGUCGUCGACUACGUGGAGAAGAACAUCAACAACAUGACCAUCCGGAUGCCCCACCAGCUCUUCAUCAACGGGGAGUUUGUGGACGCAGAGGGUGGGAAGACCUACAAGACCAUCAACCCCACAGACGGAACGGCGAUCUGUGAUGUGUCUUUCGCUCAAGCCAGUGACGUGGACCGAGCUGUAGCGGCCGCCAAGGAGGCGUUCGAGGAGGGAGAGUGGGGAAAGAUAAACCCCAGAGACAGAGGCAGACUCCUAUAUAAGCUGGCUGACCUGAUGGAGGAGCACCAAGAGGAGUUAGCCACCAUAGAGUCCAUGGACUCCGGGGCCGUAUACACCCUGGCCCUGAAGACCCAUGUGGGCAUGUCCAUCCAGACCUUCCGCUACUUCGCUGGCUGGUGUGACAAGAUCCAGGGCUGCACCAUCCCCAUCAACCAGGCCCGGCCCAAUCGCAACCUUACUUUCACCAAGAAAGAACCAAUCGGAGUGUGUGCUAUCGUGAUUCCCUGGAACUACCCUCUCAUGAUGUUGGCCUGGAAAACAGCUGCCUGUCUGGCUGCUGGUAACACUGUGGUCCUCAAACCUGCCCAGGUGACUCCAUUGACAGCGGUGAAGUUUGCUGAAUUGGCAGCGAGGGCAGGAUUCCCCAAGGGAGUGAUCAACAUCCUCCCUGGAUCAGGUGCUCUGGUGGGCCAGCGUCUGUCCGACCACCCGGACGUCCGGAAGCUUGGCUUUACCGGCUCCACUGAGAUAGGGAAACACAUCAUGAAGAGCUGUGCGGUCAGUAAUGUGAAGAAGGUGUCCCUAGAACUGGGGGGUAAAUCUCCACUCAUCAUCUUCAGUGACUGUGACAUGGACAAGGCCGUGCGCAUGGGCAUGAGCUCUGUAUUCUUCAACAAGGGAGAGAACUGCAUUGCAGCAGGCAGACUCUUUGUGGAAGAGAACAUCCAUGACCAGUAUGUCAAGAGAGUGGUGGAGGAGGUUAAGAAGAUGAAGAUCGGAGAUCCUCUGGACCGCUCCACAGACCACGGACCCCAGAACCACAAGGCCCACCUGGACAAGCUGGUGGAGUACUGCCAGACAGGCGUGAGGGAAGGCGCCACUCUGGUGUGUGGGGGCAAACAGGUCGCCCGCCCAGGUUUCUUCUUUGAGCCCACCAUCUUCACCGACGUCCAGGACCACAUGUUCAUCGCUAUAGAGGAGUCGUUUGGCCCCGUCAUGAUCCUCUCCAAGUUCAAGAGCGGGGAUGUGGACGAGGUUCUGCGGAGGGCCAAUGCUACUGAGUAUGGCCUGGCAUCAGGCGUGUUCACCCGUGACAUCAGCAAGGCGCUGUACGUCAGCGAGAAGCUCAACGCCGGCACCGUCUUUGUCAACACCUACAACAAGACGGACGUAGCUGCUCCCUUCGGCGGCUUCAAGCAGUCCGGCUUCGGCAAAGACCUGGGACAAGAGGCUCUUAACGAAUACCUGAAGACCAAGGCUGUCACUAUAGAGUACUAAACACACACGAGAGAACGAGAGAGAGAGAGAGAGAGAUUACUUUCUGAUUAAGCCAAUUCCUCAACUAAAUGUGAAUGAUAGACGAGGCAGAAAUGCACAUGCCCUACUAGACUGAAUUAGAAGUAGAAUUGUUCUUCUGAAAUUUCAUUAACCCGCUAAUAUUUCUUCUUUUUUUUUAUGGAUGAGAAAUACAAUUAUAUCCCCUCUUAGAAAUAACAAAUAUUCACGUUACGUUAUAGCAGUUGGUCGACACUGGUAAAUCUACCAACACUGUUUGAAAUGGUCUACACAAUAGGUUGGUUUCAUGGACAAUACUCGAUGACAAUUCAAUGGAACUUUAUGAAUGAUUUCCAUAUCACAGCUGGAACAAGUUAGUAAAUAUACCGUUUGACUUGUUUUCCAGAAGUAUUAAAAUCACAAAGGUUUAUAAUA